UACUAUAUUAAUAAGUUUAGUGAGCUGGAUUAAUAUUGGUUUGAAUCAAAAUGGUUUAUGGAUUAUCCAAUCCAACCCACUUUUUCUCACAUAAUGUUUUAGUCUCUCUCUCUCUUUCUUCUCUCACGAGACGCUCUCUCUUUCUCGAUCUCACGAGACCUUCAUCAUCGAUCACGACAUCGAUCAACCCUUUUGGGUCAUUGCUUUUGGGUUAUCGAUCGCAACACAUCAACUCAUCUUCCUUAUCUUCACUACCAAGGAGACCAAACACUGAGUAUCACCACUACUCUUCCACCAGCGUUGUAUCAACAUCCUUUACGUGUUUGUGGAACACUUGUAGCAGCAAGGUAUCAGUGAUUGUGGAACACUUGUACUACAAGUCUUGUAGCAGCAAGGUGUCAACAAAGAUGAUGAAUAAUGAAGAUCUUCUAAACAGUGGUGGCCAAUCAUCCACAAGUGCAUCACAAACGGCUCUAAUGAUAAUGGUGAAGGUGAGACGGUUGUUAUUAGACCGAGUCCAAAUGAUGUGGAAGACAUGAUCACACGUCCACCAAAGGAGUGAAACAAUGGGCAGACAUAACAAGAGAAGUGAACGAAAUGAUGAAGUGGCUCGAUUGGAAUUAGAGACUUUUGUUUGUGUUCUAUUACCAAACGACCAUAGUUCUUGUUAAUGUGUAAUGGUGGAGACUAGAGAGGCAAUCUUGUUUUUCUUGCUAGACAUUUGAUUUUCUGUUAAUUCAAAUAUUUUGAUGAGUUA